AUGACUUCAGUCUCCCAGCAACCUCAAAUCCCAAGCCAGGCCUCAAACACCACCAGCGCGUCCCAGUCGACUCCCUCUUACGCCUCUACCGCUAAGAAGGCAGUCUCGUCGCCACCCAUCGCGACGGGCUCCUCGACCCCCUCUCCCGCCGUGGCUGUUGGCGGCGCUGCGCCGGUACAGCAGCAACAUGGAAAAUCAAGCUCGAUCUCGCCGGUGAACGGCAAGCCCUCGAUUUCUCCAGCUGUACCGGCAGUUUCUGCUCCUGCAAUCGCGCAUAGCAGUUCUGCAAUUAAUGGUAAUGAGCACGGCCGGAAGAGCUCGGUCACGAUAAGCGCGAAUGGCCCGAGCAGCAUGAACGGUGGCCCCGUUGGCGGAUCAAAGGGGAACAUCCAGUUCGGUUCUAUCACAGACUCGCCAGCUGCGUCUCAUAGCACACCUCAACCGGCUCAGUCCGCGACUUCAGCCCCAAUUCCAAUCCCUAAUCCGAGGACCACUGAUCCGCCACACUCACCGGUCCCCAUCCCUAAAGCAUCUGAAAGUGGCGGUGCGAUACCUCCUUCUGUACUUGGUGGACAAAGUGGAAAUGUUGCAUUUGGCAGUUUCGGUGGCGAUGGCGAUCGUCACAUGCGACAAGCCUCUGGCACACAAGGUCCUCUUGCUCCUGGCAAUCAGCAAGCCGGUGGUCACAACCGUCGGGAAUCCUCACAAUCUGCACAAAAUGAUUUGAACAAUCAGUCAGGCGCAGGUCAAGGGCGUGGUGGAUUCCCUCCUCAAGGCGGGCGAGGCCGUGGGGGCUUCCAACCUCAGUAUCAGCCACAGACGGGUUACCCUCCCCAGAACUCACAACAGUUUAGGGGUUCUCAGAACCAAGGCCGUGGCGGUGGUAUGGCACCUCCCUUCCCAGCCCAAGGUCGACCUCAAUUCCCAAACUCGCCCCAUCAAGUUGCGCGCAGUCCCGCUCUGACACCCUCGAUGCCAGGCACGCCGAACAUGAACCCAGCCAUGCCGAUGCAGAACCAGCCAUUUACACCCUUCUUCCCUCAGCAGCACAUGCAACCUCCUCAAGUACAUCACUCCUCUUUCUCCAACAAUCCUUCAGAUAUUUCUUCAAAGUCCGGCAACAGAGGCAAGGGCAAGAAGAACCAGUGGUCGAGAAACAAUGAGCAGUCCUCAAAUCGCAAUCGAUCAAGAGAGCAUUCAAGGGAACUCUUUGGUCACAGCUACGCGUCGAAUGAGCAAAUGCACUCAGAGCGCGAAAGUUACGAUCAGAAUGAGAAGAGAAACAACUCGGUGCCAGCGGAGCGCUCAGUGAAUGGUCAUUUCAUGCCACCCCAGCACUAUCUGCCACCACUAGAAGCUACUCUGGAACAUCGGAUCUCUUUUGUUGAUCAAGCUGCCUUACCCCCUCUUCCCCCACCCCCUUCCAUCAUUACUGCGCAAGAAGUUUCUCAAAUGGAUCUUUCGCCAUGCAGCGGUGACUUCAACCGAUUUCUAACAUCUAAACAGGCAAGCUACGGUUACCCCCCACAACAAUAUGACCCCCGAAUGUCCAUGCAGAACGCACCGUACAUAUUCCCUCAAAUGCAAGGGAUGGGGUACAUGAGCGGUCCUCCCGCAUCCCCUCAACCGAACUACCAACAGCCAAACUACAUCCCCGGACAGUAUGCUCCACAAGGACAACCGAUGUCACGAAACUCGUCUCAGAUGUCAGAACAGAGACCGGCUUCAAGCAUGGGACAACCUCAAACUCCAUCUAUGACCGCUUCCGUCUCCCAUCCUCACACUCCUCAGCCAAAGGCUAAUCCAACACCAUCCCCUGUCUUCACCAGAACAACUCGCAAGAGCGCCGCAAUUGUCAUCAAGAGGCCAGAUGGCGAAGCAAUUGAUGUAGAAAGCUUCAAGGCACCUGCCUCUCCCGCACCGAGUGCGCGAGCUCGUACGCCACCUGUCAUUGCAUCCACUCCUACUCCUCCACCAAAACCUGCGACUCCCCAACAUGCUCGAACCGAUAGUGCUGCUAUUGGCGGCAAGACCCAAGAGCAGAUUCGCCUCGAGAUCCUGGAGAAGGUUAAGAAAGCUGCGGAGGCCGACAAAGCAGUAGCGGACCAAGCUAAGGCCGAAGAAGAUGCAAAAGCCGCUGAGGCCAAGUUGAAGGAAGAGCAGAAGGCAAAGGAAGAGGCCAGAUUAGCAGAGGAGGCAAAAGCAAAGGAGGAAGCAGAUGCCAAGGCUGCCGCCGCGAAGGCUAAACAGGAAGAAGAAGAAGAGUUGGAGCGUCAAAUCCGUGAAAUGGAGGAGGCCGAGGCCGAGCGCGAGAAGAAAGAGGCCGAGCUUCUUGCAAAGCGUGCUGUCGAGAAAGCUGCAGCCGACAAGGCCAAGGCUGAAAAGGAGAAAGCUGAUGCUGCCGAAAAUGACCGUACACUUCGGGAGGCCGAGCGAGAGAUGGAACGCCUGGAAGAUGAGCGCGAGAAGAAGCGGGCCGAGGCCGAGGCGAAGGCUGCUGGUAAGAGCGAGGAGCCUACUGAAGUCAAGAAGGACAAGCCAGAGAACAAGGACGAAGAGAAGAAUGCGCCAAACACACCAAGCACUUUGGCGUCGAAGCUGUCGAAUCUCACUUUGGGUACCGACAGUGGAGCUUCAACUCCCGCUUCUGAUGAUUCUAUGGGCCCCCCUCCGUCAAAGGUCAAUCAAACCGAAAAGCGUGGCAAGCCUGCUGCACUCAACCUUGCGCCACUCAACACCAAGCCUGUCGAGCCUCCGCAGCCCAGUGCGGCUCUUCAGUCACUCAAGUCUGCCCGCUUCCUGACAGUGCUCAACCCCGCGAUUUACCCAACCCACAUCAGUUCUCCUAACCCGGCACUGAACUCUGCAGUCAUGACAAAAGGCAAGAGCUUCAAAUAUGACAAGGAGUUCUUACUCCAAUUCCAGAAGGUCUUCACCGAGAAGCCAUCUAUGGAAUUUGCGUCUCAGAUCAAAGCUCUCAUUGGUGACGGUGACGGUGGUUCAGCACGUUCCGGAUCGUCACGAACACCUGGAGGAAUGGGCCCUGGAUCAUCCAGAUCGAAUUCUGCCAGACCGAUCGGAGCCUCUGCCAUGGGUGCUUUUGUUAGUCUGGGAAAGACCCUUCCUGCUGGAACAACAUCUGAUCAACGAUAUGCGAUGUCAAUGGGUGCCGUGCCAAGGCCUCCAAUGGCUCAACUAGGUUCUUUCAAUCGUCCAGGUGGUGCAGGCUUCCCCGGUGGCAGCACAAUGGCGCGAUCUUCAUCAAAUUCGAACAUGAGCAGUAUGCCUUCUCCCCGCCAACAAAGCAGGUCGCAACGCUCUGGAAGCAAACGAGACAAUUUCCAGUCAAAUCCCAAGGCCGAAGCUCAAGCCGCAAAGACGAUGCCUCUCACCGCUGGUAUGGAACUCAAACCUAUUCAAGUCUCUGCUACUGGAUGGAAGCCACGCAGCAUUGGCCAGUCUCAAUCAGCUACUGGUGCAGCUGGUCCCACUCCUGGUGCGUCUGGUGCUCCUGGACACAUGGAUCCCGACUUAGUUCAACGAAAGGUGAAGGCAGCUCUGAACAAGAUGACGCCCGAGAAGUUCGACAAGAUCGCCGAUCAGAUCCUCGCCAUCGCGGCCCAAUCCAAGGAUGAAGCGGAUGGGCGUACGCUUCGACAAGUCAUCCAACUCACCUUUGAGAAGGCUACUGAUGAGGCUCACUGGGCUUCGAUGUAUGCCAGAUUCUGCAAGCGCAUGCUGGAGACCAUGAGUCCUGAAAUUAAGGACGAAAGCAUUCUUGACAAGAAUGGCAACAUCGUUUCAGGUGGUAACCUCUUCCGAAAGUACCUUCUGAACCGAUGUCAAGAAGAGUUCGAGCGCGGUUGGAAGAUGGACUUGCCCGAUAAGCCAGAAGGUGAACCUGGUGAUGACAAGACUCCAGAGGCUGUCAUGCUCUCCGAUGAGUACUAUAUUGCUGCAGCUGCUAAGCGACGUGGUCUUGGUCUUGUCCAAUUCAUCGGUGAACUUUACAAGCUCAGCAUGCUCACGGAACGUAUCAUGCACGAGUGCGUGAAGAAACUUGUGGAUUACACUGGCAUUCCUGAUGAAGCUGAAAUCGAAUCAUUGACGAAGCUUCUCAAGACGAUCGGUGGAAACUUAGACAGCACCGAGAAGGGCAAACCCAUGAUGGAUGUCUACUUCACUCGCAUCCAGUCUAUGAUCGAUACUCCAGAACUUCCAAGCCGUUUGAGAUUCAUGCUUAUGGAUAUCGUUGAUCUGAGGAAGAAGCGAUGGCAAUCGAAGGAGGACAACAAGGGUCCUAAGACCUUGGAAGAGGUCCGAGCUGAGGCUGAGGCAGCUGCUGUUCAGAAGGCUGCUGAGAACGCUCGUGGCCCACGCGGCGGUGGUGGUAGCGGACGAAUGCCAAUGGGCCGUGGUGAUUCAAGAAAUUAUUCAAACCAAUACGGCAACAACCAGCCCCCUCCCGACUACCAAAAGAACACUGUUGGUAUGGAUGAUCUCCGUCGUCUUACCAACAAGGGUGCAACCAGGGCGGCAAGUCAACAAAUGUCGUUCGGUCCCACGUCGAUGUUUUCGUCUCGAAGUAACAGCGGCCGCAAGAUGGGCCCCGGUGGUUCAUUGAGCAGGACCGGCGAAGAUUCUGGAGCGUCAUCAAGAACAGGCACCCCCCCGCAACAAAAGGAAAAGGAAUCAGCCACUUCCGCAAAUGCAUUUAGCCUUCUUGCAGGAUUAGGAUCCGGUGACUCAGAGCACCCAGCCUCUCCACCAUCAACAUCAGUUUCUCCCGCACUGUCGAAGGCAACUCCCGCAGAGAAGCCAGAAGACAAGAAAGAGAACGAGCCAUGA